AUGGAGCAGGAGACGAGAAGCGAGUCUCCAACGGACUCAAACAGACAAGAACACACUUCGAAAACGUCGUUCUUGAUAGAAGAUAUUCUUUACCGAGGACAUGACACACGGAGUUUUAAAACUCCGGAACAGAGAAGACACGAAUAUGAGAGAGAACCGAAGCCUUAUUUCCACGUGCCUGGCGAUAUUAGACCUCACAUGCCUGGCCGCGAGGGGUCAUACUUACAAGUCGCUAUGGGGGCUUUGGGGGCGUAUUUGCACACCCCGAAUACAUAUAAGGCUAUUGAAGCCCCUUAUUUCUUAUCACAAGGAGUUCCAUACCAUGCUCUGUUCACUCCUUCCGAACUGUCCCUCUCGGCGCUGAAGCAUUGUCGACGGAGGAAAGCUAGGACUGUGUUUUCGGAUCCUCAGCUCACAGGUCUUGAAAAACGCUUCGAAACCCAGCGGUACCUUUCAACGCCUGAACGAGUAGAGUUAGCGGGAGCCCUAAACCUUUCAGAGACGCAGGUGAAGACCUGGUUCCAGAACAGACGCAUGAAGCAUAAAAAGCAAAUGAGGAAACAGCAGCAACAAAGAGGAGCUGCUCCAGUAGACUUCACAAAACACAACGCGACUCACUCCGAGUGUCGAAAGGCAGACAACUCUAGACUGUCAACACAAACGUCAGACUCCGACACAGAACAUAGCGAUAGUGACAUCGAUAUUGUCGGCGAAUCAAAUUACUCACAGCACUAUUCGACUAGCAACACGUAA